AUGAUGUUUCAUUGCUUGAAGCUGCUCAUUGGGCUAUUCCUGAUUAGUCAGGCAACAUGUCAGCGUAUUCCACCCUCUACCAGUCCACGGAAUAUUAGAGAAACCUUUCUGGCUGGAUCUGAAUUUGAAGAGAGUUUGAUAACAAAUCUCUUGAAUUCAUCAGCCAUGGUGACCCUCAAUGAUGACAUCACUACUCUCUUGAGCAGCUCUAACUUGACCUACACUCUGGCGUCACCGGAGAAACCAUUUGUCUUUGUCGAUCGUAAUUACUUCUGGAACAAAGAGGACUUUGUCUCCUAUGCGGACUCAGACAACACCACUACAUUCUCGUACAUUUGUGUCUUCAAUGUGACCCAGGAUAAUGGGAUCUUUUCUCAGAUCUACUUCCCAAAUGGUGAUCCAAUCACUGAGAUCGUUUUCGGAUGUGAGACUUCUAAGGAGUGCUGUGGAAUGAAGUGCUGUGGCGAUGAUGUUUUGAUUAACAUUAUCAUUGUUGGAGCCAUCAGUCUUGCUCUUCUCUUCCUUCUUCUCUGCAACAUCAUCAUCGGAUUCAAGAAACGUCGUGAAAAGAGCAAGGGAGCUGGAAAGGCCGCUUAUCAUGCAACAGACACUACAAAUGCCAUCGAAAACGACAUUGUCAGCCCAGAACAGAUCACCUAUGAAACCAGACAACCAUCAAACGGAAAUGAAUCCCCGGCAAUCAAAAGCAUCCCAAUCGAUAAGAGAAUCUAA